AUGGCGGCGCGAGGUAAGCGGUUGUCCUCCACGCCCCUGGAAAUCCUCUUCUUCCUGAACGGCUGGUAUUAUGCAACCUACUUCCUGCUGGAACUCUUCAUAUUUUUGUAUAAAGGUCUCCUGCUGCCGUAUCCCACCGCCAAUCUGGUGCUGGACGUGGCGAUGCUCUUCCUCUACCUCGGGAUUGAAGUGAUUCGGCUGUUUUUUGGCACCAAGGGAAACCUGUGCCAGCGGAAGAUGCCCCUGGCCAUCAGUGUGGCCCUGACCUUCCCCUCCGCCGUGAUGGCCACGUACUACCUGCUGCUGCAGACCUACGUGCUCCGCCUGGAAGCCAUCAUGAACGGCAUCCUGCUCCUCUUCUGCGGCUCCGAGCUGCUGCUGGAGGCGCUCACGCUGGCCGCCUUCUCCAGUAUGGACAGGAUUUGA